AUGUUUCUAUACAACAUUACCCUCCAGAGGGCUACUGGCAUCACUCAUGCCAUCCAUGGAAACUUUUCAGGAACUAAGAUGCAGGAGAUUGUUGUGUCCCGGGGGAAAAUCUUGGAGUUAUUAAGACCAGAUGCAAACACUGGGAAGGUGCACACUUUGCUCACUGUAGAAGUGUUUGGUAUUGUCAGGUCUUUGAUGGCAUUCAGAUUAACAGGAGGGACAAAAGAUUACAUUGUUGUUGGAAGUGACAGUGGUCGCAUUGUGAUUUUGGAGUACCAUCCUUCAAAGAACAUUUUUGAGAAGAUCCACCAAGAAACGUUUGGCAAGAGUGGGUGCAGACGCAUUGUCCCUGGACAGUUCCUUGCUGUUGACCCAAAAGGCAGGGCAGUUAUGAUUGGCGCCACAGAAAAACAAAAGUUGGUUUACAUUCUGAACAGAGAUGCUGCUGCAAGACUCACAAUUUCAUCUCCUUUGGAAGCUCACAAAGCAAACACUCUCGUCUACCAUGUGGUAGGAGUUGAUGUUGGCUUUGAAAAUCCUAUGUUUGCCUGUCUUGAAAUGGACUAUGAGGAAGCUGACAAUGAUCCUACAGGAGAAGCAGCUGCUAACACACAACAGACCCUUACCUUUUAUGAACUGGAUCUGGGCUUAAAUCAUGUUGUGCGUAAAUACAGUGAGGCUUUAGAAGAGCAUGGAAAUUUCUUGAUUACCGUUCCUGGUGGAUCAGAUGGUCCCAGUGGUGUCUUGAUCUGCUCUGAAAAUUACAUAACAUACAAAAACUUUGGCGAUCAGCCUGAUAUCCGCUGCCCCAUUCCACGGCGCAGGAACGACUUGGACGAUCCUGAGCGGGGUAUGAUUUUUGUGUGCUCAGCCACUCACAAAACAAAGUCCAUGUUCUUCUUUCUGGCACAAACUGAACAAGGAGACAUUUUCAAAGUAACUUUAGAAACAGAUGAGGAAAUGGUAACAGAAAUCCGGCUGAAAUACUUCGAUACUAUUCCAGUGGCAACAGCUAUGUGCGUCUUAAAAACUGGAUUUUUAUUUGUUGCCUCAGAGUUUGGAAACCAUUAUCUUUAUCAGAUCGCUCACUUGGGCGAUGAUGAUGAUGAGCCUGAGUUUUCUUCGGCUAUGCCAUUAGAGGAGGGAGACACGUUCUUUUUCCAGCCUCGUCCUCUCAAGAACUUGGUGUUGGUUGAUGAGCUGGAGAGUUUAUCACCAAUAAUGUCAUGCCAGAUUGCAGAUUUGGCCAAUGAAGACACGCCUCAGCUCUAUGCAGCAUGUGGAAGAGGGCCAAGGUCCACACUGAGAGUCCUCAGACAUGGUUUGGAGGUUUCAGAGAUGGCUGUCUCCGAGCUUCCUGGUAACCCAAAUGCUGUGUGGACUGUACGUAGACACGUGGAAGAUGAGUUUGAUGCUUACAUCAUUGUGUCCUUCGUAAAUGCCACUUUGGUCCUGUCCAUUGGAGAGACUGUUGAAGAAGUGACAGAUUCCGGUUUCUUGGGCACCACACCAACACUGUCUUGUUCAUUGCUUGGCGAGGAUGCACUUGUUCAGGUUUACCCGGAUGGAAUUCGUCACAUCAGAGCCGAUAAACGUGUGAAUGAGUGGAAAACGCCAGGUAAAAAGACAAUAGUGCGCUGUGCUGUCAACCAAAGACAAGUGGUUAUCGCCCUGACUGGAGGCGAGCUGGUCUACUUUGAGAUGGAUCCGUCUGGCCAACUGAAUGAGUACACGGAGCGGAAGGAAAUGUCUGCAGAUGUUGUUUGUAUGAGCCUCGCAAAUGUUCCACCCGGUGAGCAGCGCUCCAGGUUCUUGGCUGUGGGUCUCGUUGACAACACUGUGCGGAUUAUCUCCUUGGAUCCUUCGGAUUGUCUCCAGCCGUUGAGUAUGCAGGCUCUGCCAGCUCAGCCUGAGAGUUUGUGUAUUGUGGAAAUGGGAGGAGUGGAGAAACAGGAUGAGCUUGGAGAAAAAGGAUCAAUUGGUUUUCUUUACCUAAACAUUGGGCUUCAGAAUGGAGUGCUUUUGAGAACCGUGUUGGACCCAGUCACUGGUGACCUCUCGGAUACGAGAACACGUUAUUUGGGAUCACGACCGGUCAAACUUUUCAGAGUCAGAAUGCAGGGACAAGAGGCGGUCCUGGCCAUGUCGAGUCGCUCCUGGCUGAGUUACUCGUAUCAGUCUCGCUUCCACCUAACCCCUCUGUCUUAUGAGACGCUGGAGUAUGCCUCUGGCUUUGCCUCAGAGCAGUGUCCUGAAGGCAUUGUGGCCAUUUCCACAAACACUCUCAGGAUUCUAGCAUUGGAGAAGCUAGAGACCGACCACAACGCCUACACAGAGGCGACCAAAGCUCAGAGAAAGCAGCAAAUGGCGGAGAUCUGUCAGAAUAUCUUGAUGUUGUGUCUCAGAGAGCUCUUUGAGUUCCGCUACAUGCAAACCGACCCAAACUGGUCCAACUUCUUUUAUGACCCACAAACACACAGGGUGGCGCUGUUGGACUUCGGUGCAACAAGAGGAUUUGAUCAGAGUUUCACGGAUGUCUACAUUGAGGUAAUCCGAGCAGCUGCUGAAGGCGACAGAGAAGGAGUUCUGAAGAAAUCUAUAGAUAUGAAGUUCUUGACUGGAUAUCAGGGCUUAAAGUUUUCCGGCACCACCCCUGUUGAAGAUGUGCCUCUGGCCAUUGCUCCUUUCCAAGGGCGUAUCCUAGUUGGAGUUGGGAAGCUUCUUCGAAUCUAUGAUCUGGGGAAAAAGAAGCUGUUAAGGAAAUGUGAGAAUAAGCACGUGCCUACUCUGGUGACGGGCAUCUAUACCAUCGGCCAGCGCGUCAUUGUGUCGGACGUCCAGGAGAGCCUGUUCUGGGUUCGCUACAGACGCAAUGAAAACCAGCUCAUCAUAUUUGCGGACGACACGUACCCGCGAUGGGUCACCACAGCUUGCCUGCUGGACUACGACACCAUGGCCUCCGCAGACAAGUUUGGAAACAUCAGCAUUGUUAGGCUUCCUCCAAAUACAAGUGACGAUGUAGAUGAAGACCCCACAGGCAACAAAGCCUUAUGGGACAGAGGUCUUCUUAAUGGCGCUUCCCAGAAGGCUGAUGUAAUCGUCAAUUACCAUGUCGGAGAGACCGUGUUGUCGCUCCAAAAGACCACCCUGAUUCCCGGAGGCUCAGAGUCGCUCGUCUACACCACGCUGUCAGGAGGCAUUGGUAUUUUGGUGCCGUUCACGUCACAUGAGGAUCACGACUUCUUCCAGCACCUCGAGAUGCACAUGCGCUCAGAGUUUCCCCCAAAUUGUGGCAGAGAUCACCUCAGCUUUAGGUCCUAUUAUUUCCCUGUAAAGAAUGUGAUUGAUGGUGAUCUGUGUGAGCAGUUCAACAGCAUGGAUCCUCAUAAACAGAAGAGUGUGGCCGAGGAGCUGGACAGAACCCCACCCGAGGUCUCCAAGAAGCUCGAGGACAUUCGUACACGCUAUGCUUUCUAA